AUUUAUUUACUCAAGUAGUUUAUCUGCUUUUCCUUCAGAAUCCGAAAUCUGCAUAAUCCAGCCAAGAAGUUUAAGGUGGAGGCCAAUGCAAACCAACUGUACCUCACUGGCACCGUGGUACUUCACAGAGAUGUCAACAUUGUAGUAGUGGAGGGAGGCCCCAAAGCACAGAAGAAAUUUAAACGACUGAUGUUGAAUAGAAUCAAAUGGGAUGAGCCAAAUUCCAAGAGAGAUGAGCCUCAAGAUUCAGAUGAUGAGGGUUCCAGGAAGAAUAAUAAAUGCACACUGGUUUGGGAGGGUACAGCCAAGGAACGUAGUUAUGGGGAGGUUAAGUUUAAACAGUGUCCAACAGAAAGUAUGGCUAGGGAACAUUUUAAGAAGCAUGGCACUGAGCACUACUGGGACUUGGCUCUGAGUCAGAGUGUUCUGGAGACAACUGAUGACUGAGAAAUAGACGGAGCUCAACAGAAAAAGAAGAAUAACAAAGAAACAGUGGAGCCUGUGGCAUGUGCACCUUGCACGCAUAUUUUUUCUUUUAAAUUUUUUUUUUUUGAGAGAGUGAAGGAAGUGGAAUAGACUGAGAGAAACCUGUAUAUGUAAAUAUAGUUUGAGUGUGUAAGAGAAUGAUUGUCUUCGUACCUGGAAUACAAGUGUGCAAGGCUUAAGAACAAGACCAGAGCUGGUGUAAUGAAUAGGAUGUUAACCCUUAUGUGUACUGCAGAACUUUACAAUGCUGGAAGCUUGAAUAACAGUGGACUCUGGUUUUGUAUUUCUUGUAACAGUUUUGUAGUGUAGGCUGUGCGGUGUUUGAUCUUGUGUAAUUUCUACCUUAGAUCCAUCUGGUUUGAGUUUUGCGUAUUGUGCUCUCAACAUUUUGAUGCAGUCUUUUCAGUAAAUAAGCCUCACUCCAGAAAUAAGUUAAUUGACGCUGUGUAGUUUGUUACUGAAUGCACAAACAAGAGUAUUGGUUUCUGUAUGACACAAAACUGGUAAUUCUAGUAUGGCUAAAAAUGGAGAAAACAAAAUAGGAAACAGGAAGUUUCAGAACACAUUUUUUCUUCCAAAUUUCUUGUCAUGGAUCAAAUGUGAAAAGUGCAACUAACCAGAUGCCAAUGAUUAAAGCUAGGGGAAAAGAAAUAUCUUGCUUGUUUGUUGAUACAGGCUUGGUUCAUUUUAUGAUACAGUAUAUAAUGUAAUUUUAAGUCCUCCAGUCGAAUUCAGUGGUGGUACAACAGUAUUUGGACCAGGUAUUAUUUGUGAAGAUAAUUCAAAACUGUUUCCCAACCUUGUUCCUGUAGUACCCACAUGACCUCACAUUUGUAUAUAUCUCCCUAAUUAAACAUAUCCAUUUCAACUUAUCAGUUAAGACUUUAAAACUCCAAGGGGACAAGGGAGGUAUCCGUUGACACCCUUGACUCCUUGAUUUUGUCUUAAGGGAGCAGGUUAUACCAAUAUGUAUGCUUCAAGCUGCUAUAGCUAUUAAAAUGCAAAUAGUUGUCACAGCAGAUGCCA